AUGAAUCGCAUGCCUCCUCCCGAAGGGCCGCAUGCGCCUCCGGGAGCGCAUCCUAGCUACGAACCCUCAUGGCGCCCUCAAUAUCCUCCGUCUUUCGACCACCCAGCCGAUUCGCGCCGUCCCUCGGCAACUCAGGCGCCGAUGCAAAGCUAUUCCGUGUUGCCAGGCCGCGAGCUACCCGGACUAUCACCAGACGGGCCCUACCAUCGUCCGAAUGGUCUCCAACCGCACGCGCCCGUACAUUCCCCGCAAGAUCCAACUCCCCCUCAUGGAUUCCGCCCGCCCAUCAACGGCACCCCGCACGAGGCUUCACCGGAAUAUCGCCCUCGCAUGGCCUACCCGCCAGCCGAUCAGAUCAGCAGCGCGGAACAUACACCGACGGCGGGCCCGUUACCCCCGGCGUCACAAUUCAUGACCCCCGGCCCGUCAAUGGCUCCAGCGACCCCGGUGGGCGGCUAUGAUCCUUAUUAUAACCAAAACCAGGCGUAUGGAGCGCGUCAACGAAAAGCGGCUCGUGCCCAGCAGGCCUGUGACCAAUGCCGCGCAAGGAAAGCCAAGUGUGAUGAAGGACGACCAGGUUGCAGUCAUUGCAAAGAGAAUAAUUUGACUUGUGUUUACAAGGAAGUGCCGCCGCACAAGCAAGAGAAAAGUACCCAACUUUUGAUAGAUCGAAUCACCCAUCUGGAAGACACUUUGGUUUCGAAGAUGGAUUUGCUAGCCGCUGCGUCCCAAGGGCACGACGGUUUGCUCCGAGAAUGGCUAAAGAAGUCUAACCCGCCACCCUCAUGGGUGGGCAAGGAACGCUCGCACUUACCUCCAGCACCGCCGGCCCCUGUGCCAGAGCCGGUACUCAAGCAAGAGCGGCCAACGCCUUCCAAGCCUCCCUCAAAUGGUACUCCAGCCUUAUUUGCUGGCAGUCAAGAUGUGGGUACUUCGCAUUAUGGCCAAAAGCUGGGACCUGGAGAUGAAGUAAACAUGGACCAAGAGGGCGAGCUUUCAAUUCCGGUGGAGCACACCACUGCUGCUCACAAGCUCUUGAUGUGGCCUUCAAUCAAGAGAUUGCUAUACCCUGAGGUGUAUGACGAAGAUUAUGUCAUGCGCUUAGAAGAAGAGCGCGGUCUCAUCAGUGUCUACGGCCAGGGCGAAAUCUCAUAUUCGGCCGACGACAGUCAGCUACCGGGGGCCACCGGCCUGCGUGAUGGCGGUAUGAAUGGUGCUCAACCAGAUGGAGAUGGCGCAGGUCCAGACUCGGACGUUGACAUUGACAAGUUCGGUAGCCUGAACCUGGAGAUGCACACCGCUCAGCGCUACUAUCAAAGUUACAUGAACCACAUGUACAAGCUUCACCCCUUCAUUGACCAGGGAGAGCUUGAUCAAAAGGUUGAGAACUUCAUCCGAGUCUACUGCCGUAUGACCCCGUCGCCGAUGGCGAGAAAUACUCAGAUGAGCAGUGACGGCCCACGGCCAGCGAAGCGGAAGCGCUCCAAUGAAAAUUUAGGCGUACGAGGCGAGUUCUUGAGCCCGAGUUCUACGUCAAGUCGGCCACCUCGUGUUGGAAGGAAUAUUGACAAUGCCAUUGUUAUGCUUUGUCUAGCUCUUGGUGCUAUCUGUGAAUGUCCUGCUCCUAUCCCUGGGCCUAUCAUGGACCAGGAAAUUGAUUACCGCAAUCAGCAUAUUCCCUCGCCCCUGCCACCGAUUCCUAUGGGAACCGGGCAAUUUGGCGUCAAUGGUGUUCUAUCACCUGCCAAUUCCGACUCCGCGUUGCAAUUUACGGCUCCUUUAUACACAGUGCCUAUGCAGGCCACAAGUCAGUCCUUUGGGCCAUCAUCAACAUCAAGUACCGAGCCUCGCAGAAAUCUUUCCCGACGAGCUGUCUCACAUGCUCGAGACCAUGCUGGACACACGAAGAACUACCAGGUCAUUCCUGGUUUGACGCUUUACGGAUAUUGUACUGAGAUUCUGGGCCACCUGCAAGGUGCCAAUGAACUCGAGCACAUCCAGGCGGCGUUGCUUGCUGGUCUAUAUGCUGGACAGUUGGCACAUCCCUUCCAGAGUCACAGCUGGAUCUCUCAGGCCUCAAGAGCCUGUCAAGUACUUGUGAGAACAAAGCGUUAUGAGCGACUUGGAGAAGGGGCUGUUCUAGAUCUCUACAAUUUUGCAUACUGGACCUGUCUACAACUAGAGAGUGAUUUGCUCGCAGAGCUCGACAUUCCAGCGAGUGGUAUCUCGCGGUCCGAGAGCCGCAUGACGCUUCCCAGGGGAAGAUUCACUAUUCCUCUACCUGACGACCACGAUGACCCUGCUACGGCGGUGAUGUUACAUUACUCUGCCCAAAUUCAUCUCCGCAAAGUCCUCAAUCGAGUACAUACCGAUCUUUACAAGGUUGAGAGACAAGGCCAGAGACGGUGGUCAUCAACGGUCCAAGAAGCACUAAGCAUGAACCUUGACCUGUGGCGGACAAGUCUACCAUCCAGUAUGUUGUGGAAAGACACGGACCCUCCCGCCAAGGAGAUCAAUUCUGCUCGCAUGCGUGCGAAGUACUACGGCGCGCGCUAUAUCAUUCACCGACCUCUCCUCUACCAUGCCCUACACUAUGGCCAUACCGGUGCCCGGAUCGGUCCCAUCAACCAGCCUAACAAGGUGGACUCGCCUACUUCCACACAACAAAUGUCACCGUCCAUGUUGCACUCCAGCCGCGCUCCAAACAUGUCGCGAAUGUCGAGUGAUAUGGGCUCGGCUUCCUCCCCCGGUCACGCCUGGGUUCCGCCCAAGGUCGCAGUGCGGGACCUUCCAGCAAAGCUUCGUCGUGCAUGUAAAGUCUGCAUUGACUCGGCGAUUCUGAGCACGGAAGCGUUCGAUGGCGUUGGUGGGCAUCGAUUGGUGGUAACCAAUAUCUUUGGCACAGCUCAUGCCCAAUUCGGUAACAUGCUCGUCCUCUCCGCCACCUACAUGUCCAGUCUGCGGGAAUUCGUCGACACAGAAAUCCUCGACCGCCUCCUCCGAAGGACGAUCUGUUUUCUCGCCCAACACGAAAACAUCUCCCCCACUCUGCGCGCCGACGCCCGCAUCCUCACCGAGAUUUAUAACAAGAUCUUCGACAAAGAACCUGAUCUGACGAAUCUCCCACCUGGUAUUAACGUCAACUACCGUUGA